GCCUCACUGGCCCGCCACUCAUGGCCCCACCCAUUCAUGGGCCCACCUCGGCAGCACUGCGCCUGCGCCGGAGCCUCCUCAGCCGUUGAGGGCGGUUGGCUAAGCUGAGGCUCCUGCUGCCUCCACCAGCAGGCUUGGAACCGCAAUGACCAUCACGUACAGCUGCAUUGCUAAUGGCCGGGUGAUCCUGGCCGAGCUGGCCCUGACUGGAGGCUCCUACCAGGAUGCAGUUUCAUCAGUGCUAAAACUAGUGCUUCUAAAGGCUGAGAAAAAGACCACAGCACGAAUUGGAAGCUACGUCUACCAUACUCUCUUUAUUGAUGGAAUCACUUACUUGUGUGCCACAGACAAUCCUUUGGAUGUUACCUUACCAACUGCAUUUCUUGAUGAGGUGAGCAAAACUUAUUCUGAAAAUCCCUUGAUGUUACAAGAACCUUUUCCUCCUUCAAAUGCAAUUAUUGCAGAUUUUCAGCAUGUGCUGGGGAAAUGCAUGAUGAAGUACAAUCAAAAUCAAGGAGAAUUUAUGAUUUCUGCUCUGAAAAGUCAAGUGACUGAUGUCAAAAAUUCAAUGUCACAGAAUAUUGACAAAAUGUUGAAAAGAGAAGAAAAACUGAAUAUACUUAUUGACAGAACAGACAAUCUUCAAGUAGCUACUAAAGCAUUCCAAAAAACAACAACAAAGACUUCUAAGAAGAUGUGGUGGAAAAACUACAAAAUCAUCAUAAUUAUAUGUUCCAUUUUCAUAAUCAUCAUCAUCAUUCUUUUAAGUACAAAUGUUAUUCCAGUUUAAACCUUUAAAAAUAUACCUUUCAAGUAACACCUCAAAUAAAUUGCUAAAAAUACAA